CGCUUACGGCCCGAUUGAUCGUGCGAUAGAUUUUGCUGGCAAGUUCCUAGCGUUCUGUUACAUCUAGCGCUCCGUGGUUCGCUUUUUGUACAGCAUCUAAAUUCGAGGCAUAUAGUGGGUGGAUGAACGAGAUGACUAAGCAGCAUCAACCAACGCCUUUGUCUACUACAUCGUUCUCUUGUCACGCUCUAGCACUGCUCUUGACACGGCCUGCACGGCCGCGAGAAGUUGUUAGUAGGAUUGUGGGAAGGCGAGCAUGUGAGAGGAGAAGAGUCUUCACAUUACACAACCAAGAAUUCAGUUACAGUACAAACUUUGCGUGCCCGCUUCGCCUCCAUACUCCCACACAGCCGCAAAUGCAUCGCUUUCUGUAAACCCUCAUUGUGUUUUGCUCGCCAGAGCGCCUCAUCGCAUCUCGCUGUAUGUGGUAAUAAGACAAAGCCAGUGAAGUCCUCGUGGCCGCCCAAGGGUAAUGGUGAGCGGUGGAGAGCGGAGGUAUC